UUGUGAAGUCCAGUGGCUCGAACGAAAUAUCUACAGUGUCUUCUAAGAUGGAGAGAUUAUUGUUUAUUAGUGUGGUGAUCUUGAUUCUAAGUGUGGCUACGCCUGGAUCGAACGGCGAUCUAAUUAUAAGUAAUUUCAAUGUGAUGAAAUAUGGAGCAGUUGGAGAUGGUUCUACAGAUGAUGCCCCAGCAUUUGUGAAGGCUUGGAAAGACGUCUGCCAGAGUAACUCGCAGAUUUCACGUCUCAUCGUACCAGCAAGAACCUUCUUACUCAAACCAGUUAUUUUCAAGGGUCCUUGCAAAUCUCAGUACAUAUACAUUCAGCUUUCAGGGAAGAUAGUGGCACCAAAAACAAAAGGAGGAUACAGUGGAUCCCAAUUAAACACAUGGCUUGGCUUCAACUACGUAGAAGGUCUGAUCAUAAGUGGAAAAGGCACAAUCGAUGGACGAGGUUCUAUCUGGUGGGAUAACCCUUGCCUUGGAAAAGCAGUUCCCGGCACGUCAUGCCGUCCACCAACCGCAUUGACACUGUACAGAUGCAAUCGGUUCGCACUGAAAGGAAUAACACAUGUGAAUCCAGCAAGAAGUCACAUAACCCUCACAAGCUGCAAGUAUGGCAAAAUAUCUAACAUCCGUAUGAUAGCUCCUGGAGAUAGCCCUAACACAGACGGCAUUGAUAUUUCUGGCUGCAAGAGCAUCCAAGUUCUUGAUUCUUUCAUUGGCACAGGUGAUGACUGCAUUGCAAUAAGUGGGGGUUCCUCCCGUGUGCAUAUAUCAGGCAUAACUUGCGGUCCAGGCCACGGUAUAAGCAUCGGAUCCUUGGGAACAGGUGGAGACAGGGACAUUGUGGAGGAUGUAACUGUAAGGAAUUGUACCAUAACAGAGACUUUAACCGGAGUAAGAAUCAAGACAUGGCAGGGUGGAGUUGGAUAUGCAAGGAGGAUUAAAUUCGAGGGGAUCAGAUUUGUUCGUGCCAAUAACCCCAUUAUCAUCGACCAGUUUUAUUGCCCACAUAGGACUGAUUGCAAGAACGAGACGAAGGCGGUAAGAGUGAGCGAUGUUACGUACAGAGGGAUAGUGGGAACAUCAUUGACGAAGGAAGCCAUCAAGCUGAACUGCGACCAGAACAUAGGAUGCUCCAACCUCGUCUUUGACAGAGUCUAUCUGUCUUCUGCUGUUGCUGGACAGAAAGCCACUGCCUUUUGCCACAAUGCUCACGGGACUUUUUCUCAUACCAAACCCACUCUUAAGAACUGCUUGCUUCCUAAUUAAUUUACAUUAAUUAAUUAAUCAUAUAUAUAAGUAGUUUGUUAAUCUUAUCUAUAUCUCUAUAUAUAUGAGUAGUUUAUUAUUAAUCAUAUAUAUAUAUAUAGAGAGAGAGAGAGAGAGACUAUUUAUUGAGUGUAAUAUUGCCCUUUCCUUUCUUUUCAUUGUUGUCCUGAAGAGCCACCAUGUUGGGAGUGAAUGUGCUCCUUUGAGAAGACCGAUGUAUUGGUUUAUUAACGACUUUCGUUGUUCAAAUAAAGUCUAUGCUU